AUGGCGAACCCCCUUCAGCACCCACCCGCUCUGAAGCCUUUACCAGACAAAACGGCGAGCGCGUGCCUCCACCCACAUGCCCUGAAGCCCUCACCAGCGAAGACGGCCGGCAUGUACACCCACUCCCACGCUCCGAAGCCCUCACCCGCGAAGACGGCCGGAAUGUACACCCACUCCCAUGCUCCAGAGCCCUCACCAGCAAAGACGGCGAGCAUGCAGACCCACUUACGUCUUCCGAAGCCCUUACCAACGAAGACGGCGAACAGUGACCAGCCUUCUACACCUGAGCUUCCUGCCACACAGACACGGAGUGCAGCUGAUCUAACCUCAUCGACCAGUUCCCGGUUUCGCUCAGUAGCAGGCUCAGACCAGGACGGACCCAGCUUCCUGCAUCAGGUCGUCCACGCCUCAGCCCCCAGCUCUGAAGCCCUCACCAAUUACGACGGCGAGCAUCCCUCUGCAGCCCUCAGCUCUGAAGCCCUCACCAACUACGACAGCGAGCAUCCCUCUGCAGUCCCCAGCUCUGAAGCCCUCACCAGAUACGACGGCGAGCAUUCCCCUGCAGUCCCCAGCUCUGAAGCCCUCACCAGAUACGACGGCGAGCGUCCCUCUGCAGCCCCGGCUCUGAAGCCCUCACCAGAUACGACGGCGAGCAUCCCCCGGCAGUCCCAAAGUCUUCUUGGCGCCUUCGGUCUGGCCUGA